AUGGUGGGAUUGGGACCGAGACGGCAGCCGAGCCGCAGAGGCUCCAUGGCAGACAUGCCAAAGGACCUCUUGGGCGAGAUCAAGAGAUUGGAGGAGAUCUUCACCGUGGACACCGCCAAGCUGAAGGCCAUCAGCGAACACUUCAUCUCCGAGCUGGCCAAGGGUUUGUCGAAAGAGGGCGGCAGCAUACCAAUGAACCCGACCUGGGUCAUGGGCUUUCCCACUGGAUACGAGACCGGCACGUUCCUUGCCCUGGAUAUGGGAGGCACCAACCUGCGUGUUUGCGAGAUCAAUCUCCCAGAAGAGAAGGGCGAGUUCGAUAUCAUUCAGUCCAAGUACAAGAUGCCCGAGGAGCUCAAGACUGGUAAUGCCGAUGAGCUUUGGGGGUACAUCGCGGACUGUUUGCAACAGUUCAUUGAAUACCACCACGAGGGCGAGAAGUUGGACAAGCUCCCUCUGGGUUUCACCUUCUCCUACCCAGCGACCCAGAAUUACAUCGAUCACGGUGUUCUGCAGCGUUGGACCAAGGGCUUCGACAUUGAUGGUGUCGAGGGCAAAGACGUCGUUCCUCCUUUCGAGAAGGCCCUCGAGGAGCGUGGUGUGCCCAUCAAGCUCACCGCUUUGAUCAACGACACCACUGGAACCCUGAUUGCUAGUGCCUACACUGACUCAGAGAUGAAGAUUGGCUGCAUUUUCGGUACUGGUUGCAACGCUGCCUAUUUCGAACACGCCGGCGAGGUUCCCAAGCUUGAAGAUUGGAAGAUGGACCCCAAGCAAGAGAUUGCCAUCAACUGUGAAUGGGGUGCCUUUGACAACGAGCACAAGAUUCUUCCCCGCACACAGUACGACAUCAUCAUCGACAAGGACUCUCCUCGUCCAGGACAGCAAGCCUUCGAGAAGAUGAUUGCAGGUCUCUACCUCGGUGAGCUGUUCCGUCUGGUGCUGGUCGACCUCCACGAGCAGCCACACGUCCAGAUCUUCCAAGAUCAGGACAUCUCCAAACUCAAGAAGCCCUACUCGCUCGACGCUUCUUUCCUGUCAGACAUCGAGAACGACCCCUAUGAGAACUUGCAGGAAACCUACGACAUCUUCUACGACAGACUGAAGAUCAACUGCUCCAAGCCAGAGCUCGAGCUGAUUAGACGUCUGGCUGAGCUGAUUGGCACCCGAUCCGCCAGACUUAGUGCGUGCGGUGUGGCGGCAAUUUGCAAGAAGAAGGGCUACAAGACGGCUCACGUUGGUGCUGAUGGGUCGGUAUUCAACAAGUACCCUCAUUUCAAGCAACGUGGUGCUCAAGCACUCAAGGAGAUCCUCGACUGGGAGAAGGGCCGCGACGGCAAGCCACUCGGCCGAGGCCACGAUCCUGUUGAGAUUCUCCCCGCUGAAGACGGUUCUGGUGUCGGAGCUGCGUUGAUCGCCGCGUUGACACUUAAGCGUGUGCAGGAAGGCAAGGUCGAGGGUAUUCGCGACGCAAAGGCCAUGCUUGCCGGGACGCAGGCCGCUAAACCUAAGAGCAAUCAAGCCUAG